AACUCUAUUAUGGGGGAGUCAAUAAGUGGACUUCCAGCGAUGUAUGAUAGUGAUGCUCUUAUAAAUGAUGCAGUAAAUAUGGAAAUUGAAACAAUUGAUUUAGGAACCACUGCCAAUAUAAAUUUGGAUUUAUCUCAGAAGGAAAUUGUGAAAGAUUAUGGAACUACCAAAAACUUUUUAGAUGUAGAACGAGUACUUCCUGAACCCGAGCAGCCAAUGAAGGAAAACAUUCCCAACAAUUUGGAACUAUCAAGCUCAAACCAGUUUGAUACAUCCACCCCCAAAGCAAUGCUGAGACAGCCUGUAUCAAAAGAGUUGUCAUUUAACCAGAAGAAGAGGAAAUCGGUAUUUACUCCUUUGGAGACAAGGAAAAAAAUUGUAAUGCAUGCUGAGAAAAAAAUCGACUUGCUUAAUAAAAAGCAAGGUAGAGAAAUAGAUUUGGCCCAAUAUGCCAAAGAAGAGCACGAGCUAAACAUGAAGCAUAAAAGUGAACUUCAUGAACUAGAAAUGAAAUUCAAAAAUAAAAUGUAUGACUUAAUUUUAGAAAAAUGUCAGUAUGAGGCAGUAAAAGCAAAAAUAGAAUUAGAACAAAUGCAAAAAUAA